AGAGGAGAAAUGUCUCUCGUUUUCACCCUGUUUGAAACAAAUGCUGUGACACUGAUGGUUCAAGGUGACAACAUGAGUUGAUAAGAGGGUUUGCUGUCUUUUUAUUACCUUUGUAAAGUUAAAGUUAUUGAAAAGGUUAAAAGUGCUCUCCAUUGAUUUUACAUGUCAAAGUUAAACUACAAAUCAUGGGAGUACACCACCUGCGGAAACAGUUGUGUAAAGUCUUCUGUGGCUUUUGAGAAUAUUACUGUGACAUAACCCUAGUACCUAGGUUUGAAUUUUAAACAGUAAGCAGGCAUAGAGGAUGACAGAUAUGUGCGUUAAUCAGGCAGGGAUGGUCUAACAACAGAUGCUAUCAUGUUUGGGAAGCAUAGGGUCUGGAGCUGUUUGGAGUUUGUGGCCAUGGCAUUUUGCAUUGUGCCUUCCCUUCAUAAUUUUAUUAAUUUUACGGAAUCACUUUAACAUCAUAGCAGCCAACUGUACAGCUAAGUGCAACUAUAAAGAUGCGCAUAGAACAUUUCCAACAAAGUGGGGGAGUAUAUUUUGUUCAACCCAAUGGGAAGGCUUGUGACCUGACGUGCCACACUUGUAUUUUAAGGCUUCUAAUGUCCAGCGCCACUUCACUUCAUGCUAAUGUGAAAAAAGUCUAGUUGUUCCAGAUAUUUACCAAGCGUCUUGAGCCUGCAUAAUAUCAGCUAGCACUAAAAUCUGUACAAUGAACAUGAAUUUCUAAAAAAGUUCCUCUGGAAUGCUAUCCUUUCUCAAGAAAAUGUGAAGAGAAAUGUAUAGACCUGUGUCCAGCACUGUUCACGUACCAUUGCACAUUGUACACUACUUUUGGAAAACAUAUGUAUUCUGAUCCUAAGAAAAGAUAGUAUUCAGAAGUAUUGCACUGUAUCUACCCUUAAGACAAGGCAAGACACAGCAAGUUCAAGACCAGCUGCCAAUGGCAAUAAUUGUAUAUUCUGUGUUUGAAGAUUGCGCAAUAUCCCGUAUCCUGCCUCAUACAUCCUUGAGACAGACUCACCCUGGAUUUACUGGGGACGUUGCAGAUUUUGCCUGACCUGGUAUAAAUAGGAUUCCUCUUUGGCAACAAACUGAAGCUCUUCAGGACAAACUUUCAAAUGAGAGAUCUGGAGCAUUUUUUUGGAUAAGCAGCUGACGUGCUAAAAGUGAGUGCAGCGUGGCAGACAACACUGCUUUAAAAUCAGAUUCCACAGUCAACAGGUGAAUCCACUGAGUCAAACUAAAUACAAGACAUGGGGAAAGGCAUCUACAUCAGCAAACCAGUAGCAGUCACCUGUGUGGUUGCAGCCAUCGGUGUUGUGGCCACCAUCAUAGCUCUGUCUGUGGUUUACGCACAGGAGAAGUCAAAGAAUGAAGAGACACUUCUAUCCACUGUCAGCCCCAGCACCAGCACCACGCCCUCCACCCCGAAAGAGCCAUGGCAGCGCUACAGACUUCCGGACUCCCUCGCCCCUGUCUCCUACAAUGUGACAUUGUGGCCCCGGCUGGAGCCCAACGUAGAUGGCCUGUAUAUCUUCACUGGACACUCCACGGUGGUCUUCAGAUGUUUGCGGGAGACCGACCUCAUCAUCAUCCACUCCAACAAGCUGAACCUCACCAUAAUCGAGGGAUUCCAUGCCAAGCUGACGGGCCUCAAUGGAGCCGCUGCGCCUGGCAUGAAAAAAACCUGGCUGGAGGUCCCCACCCAGUACCUGGUGGUCCAGCUCAACAGCCCGCUACAGGCCGGCAGCAUGUAUGAGCUCUUCACCAAGUUUGUUGGAGAACUGUCCGACGACCUGGGAGGAUUCUACAGGAGUGAAUACUUCGAAGAUGGGGUGAAAAAAGUGGUGGCUACGACUCAAAUGCAGGCAACGGAUGCCAGGAAAGCCUUUCCAUGCUUUGAUGAGCCCGCCAUGAAAGCUAUCUUCCACAUAACUCUCAUGCACCCCCAUGAGACUGUGGCUCUGUCCAACGCCAUGAAUUACGAGCCUAUUAACAUCACUAUGGAUGGCCAGAGUUUAAUCCAGACAAAAUUUGAGCCCACAGAGAUUAUGUCAACCUACUUGCUGGCUUUUGUUGUGUGUGAUUUUACAUUCAUUGGGACGAAACCUGGUGCAGACGUUUUGAUCAGGAUCUGGGCUCGCAAGAAGGCUAUAGAGGAAGGCCAAGGAAACUAUGCCCUGGAGAAGACUGGACCCAUACUGGCAUUCUUUGAGAAAUACUACAACUCUUCUUACCCCCUGAGCAAGUCAGACCAAAUCGCUCUUCCUGACUUCAGUGCUGGAGCCAUGGAAAACUGGGGCCUGAUCACCUACAGAGAAACUGCCCUCUUAUAUAAUCCUGGCGUAUCAUCCAAUGGAGACAAUGAGUGGGUGGCAACAGUCAUCUCACAUGAGCUCGCGCAUAUGUGGUUUGGGAACUUGGUGACCACGAGGUGGUGGAAUGACUUGUGGCUCAAUGAGGGGUUUGCCACCUACGUCUCUUAUCUGGGAGCCAACUAUGCUGAACCAACGUGGAACAUGAAAGAUUUAAUAGUUCUGAAUGAGAUCAUUGGUGUAAUGGCUGUGGAUGCCUUGGCCUCCUCCCAUCCCCUCUCAACCAAUGAGGAGGACAUCCUGAAGCCAGAGCACAUCAGUCAGCUGUUUGACUCCAUCACAUACAGCAAGGGAGCCGCAGUCCUCAGGAUGCUCUCAGAGUUUAUCACUGAGACUGUCUUUUCCCAAGGACUCCAUACAUACUUGGAGGAGUUCAAGUAUAAGAACACAGUUUACACAGAUCUCUGGAAGCACCUGCAAAUGGCAGUGGAUAAAGCCGGCAUAAAGCUGCCACACUCUGUGGAGGUUAUCAUGAACCGCUGGAUCCUACAGAUGGGUUUCCCAGUGGUCACCAUCAACACCCAGACUGGAAAAAUCACCCAGAAACACUUCUUAUUGGACCCAGACUCUGAAGUGAACAUACCUUCAGAGUUCAAUUAUGAGUGGUUUGUCCCUAUUACGUGGAUUAAGACUGGUGGAGCUGAGCAGCAGUACUGGCUUCUUAACAAAGAAGCCACAAACACAAACUUGACUCUUGGUCCUAAUGAGUGGUUGGUAGCCAACAUAAAUAUGAAGGGCUUCUACAGAGUUAACUAUGACUCUGAAAACUGGGAGCGUCUCCUCACCAAGCUGAGCUCCAGACAUCAGGAUAUUCCAGUGAUCAACCGAGCUCAAAUUAUCGAUGAUGCUUUCAACCUUGCAAGGGCAAGGAUCGUGUCCACCACUCUGGCUCUGAGGACUACCAAGUUCCUUGAGAAAGAAGUCGAAUACAUGCCCUGGCAGACAGCCAGACGAAACUUGGACUACUUUUUCCUCAUGUUUGACCGCAGUGAAGUUUAUGGACCCAUGCAGGCUUACAUAAAGAAACAGGUCACUCCUCUGUUUAAAUACUUCAAAGAGCUCACUCUCAACUGGACAAAGAUCCCGGAAAACCACAACGACCAGUACAACCAGGUGAAUGCAAUCUCCUUGGCCUGCAGCACCGACGUGGAAGGCUGUAAGCAGCUGACCACUGGCUGGUUCAGAGAGUGGAUGAAAAACCCAAACAACAACAUAAUUAGUCCCAACUUGAAGUCCACAGUCUACUGUAGUGCAAUUGCAGCAGGAGGUAUAGCGGAGUGGGACUUUGCUUGGUCCAUGUACAAGAAUGCCACCAUUGCUUCGGAAGCUGAAAAACUCAUGCAUGCUCUGUCCUGCACCAAACAGCCAUGGCUGCUGAACAGGUAUCUCCAAUAUUGUCUGGACCCAGAGAAGAUCCGUAAGCAGGAUGCCACCUUCACCAUUGUUUACAUUGCUAGUAACCCCAUCGGUCAGCCUCUGGCAUGGGACUUUGUCAGAGCCAACUGGGCCCAUUUAUUCAAUGACUAUGGUGGCGGAUCAUUUAACUUCGGAAGACUAAUUGAUGGAGUGACCAAGCGAUUCUCCACUGAGUUUGAGUACAAGCAGCUGCUGCAGUUCAAAGAAGACAAUGCAGGGCAGUUAGGCUCGGCCACCUCGUCUUUUGAUCAGGUACUGGAGAGAACUAAGGCCAACAUGAACUGGGUGGCCUUGAACAAGCAACAGGUGCAUGAAUGGUUCACCAGUGAAGCAUCUUCUCUUGUUUAACACUCUCCCCUACUAAUUUUUCAAAUGUAUUGUUCUACUGACUUUUGCUCCAGCUGGAACUAAAUGUAGAAAUUUUUUGAAUUGAUGGAACUUUUAAAAAAUGUAUUGUUUUGAUUAAGCCUUUUUAUGAAUAAAUUUGAUACCAAAAUCUGG